GGUCUGGCGGCGGCGGCGGUGGCCGUUGCUGCAGUGCAGCUCGAGGAGAGGCUGGCGCUCGCUGUCAGGCAGAAAGAGGCGUCUCUGUAAACAGCAAUAACAACAACAACAACACAAGCCCGCCGUGUCAGUCACUCCGGGGUGAUGCGCGGCACCGGGCAGGCGGCUGGAAGCUGUGCCCGGAGGAUGAGGGAGAGAGGCCGGGGCCAUGGAUGCACCGUGAUGGACACAGUCAGUGCACAGGCCUGCAGCCUCCCCCUUCUCCCUCCCUGCUCUUGCUAAUAAACCCACCCCCCUCAUUAAAAACCUUACAGCACAGCCUGACCCUCACCGACCCCUCCACUUACAGACUCACUCUGCCUCUUUUUUUAAGGGACUGGGGCAUUUUUUUCCCCCGCUCCUUUAUUUAUUUUGCCCACCUUCCCUCCUCCAUCCCUCUGUUUCCGCAUUCCCCCCCCCCCCCAAGUAUUUAGGAUGUUUGCAGUGAGGAUUGUCACCGCUGACUACUACAUGUCCAGCCCCGUCAAGGGUCUGGAUGUCUGCUUUUCGAAAUUCCGAGAGAGUGAGGUGACCAGGGUGCCCGUGGUUCGUAUCUUCGGGCCGACACCUGCAGGUCAGAAGACUUGUCUCCAUUUGCAUGGCACGUUUCCAUACCUUUACGUUCCAUAUGAUGGUUGCGGGCAACAACCAGAACGGCAUCUUCGUCAACUCGCUUUCAGCAUCGACCGAGCACUAAAUGUAUCACUAGGCAAUCCUUCCUCCAGUGUGCAGCAUGUGUUCAGGGUAUCACUUGUAUCCGGGAUGCCAUUUUAUGGUUUUCACGAGAAAGAAAAACAAUUCAUGAAGAUUUACCUAUACAAUCCUUUGAUGGUUAAAAGGGUCUGUGAGUUGUUACAAGGAGGAGCUGUUAUGAACAAAUCCUACCAGCCAUAUGAAGCUCAUUUACCUUACCUCCUGCAACUCUUCAUUGAUCAUAAUCUGUAUGGCAUGAACUUUAUUCACCUUGCAGCUGUAAAAUUCAGAAAAACGCAGAGAAAAGGUGAUCAACUUGGAAAAUACCUUCCUGAACAAACUGGUUUAGAAUUGAGCAGCACCAAUAGCAAAGAGAAUGAAAAGCCACAGAAAAGCCCCAUCUCGACCAAGUCGAAGGAAUCACCAGCACCAACAGAGAAGUCGUUUACGUGCUCCUUUGUAAGAUGGGAGGAAGAUGACUUACCAAGUUCUUUAGUUCUUCAGGAUAUUGAUCGGCAGAGCACUUGUGAGCUUGAAGUGGAUGCCGUUGCAGCUGAUAUAUUAAAUCGUUCAGAAGUCGAAGCUCAGAUUGGCAGAAACCCUGGAUUGCAGGCCAUCUGGGACGAUGAGAAACAGCGCCGUCGUGAGAACAAUAUGUCCUCUCAGAUUGAGUCACCUGAUUCACAAGACCGUGGAUCCGUACAUCUUACAGAGAAUGAAAGGAUCUUUCAGCGCAGAAUAAAGGAGAUUCUAUGGCAAAAUAACUAUUCAGUUUUUCUAUCACAAUCCAUGGAGGAGAAUGAAGAGUUUGAAACACUCCCUUCUAAUUUGACCUUGCAUAUGGAUACAUCAUCUCCUGACGGCCUUUCCUGUACACCUGCCAAUCUGGUUGAAAUACACAACGAUGAAAACAGGGUGAGUCAAGGAAAUGCAGAGACUGAAGAAGCGGUAGUUGAUGAAGAAACCAUUUUAAACAUAAUGGAGAGCAGUCAGACGUUCUAUCCCUCAUCGCAAAGGUUAAUUCAUUCUCCAAUUCUCAGUGCCAGUCAGGACCAGGCAAUAGUACAUCUGUUAGCUGGGUUAGAGGAAGACGGGUUUGGGAAUGCAAGAUCUCCAUUUGCACCUGUCAGAUGUUUGCAACGACAAUCUGCAGGAAGUUGCAGUUACCAGCAGAAUAGUGAUGAUGAAGAAAAUGAACCAGAAAUUCAAAAAGAAGAAUUGGAACUCAGUUUAAUAAUGUCUCAACGUUGGGAUGGUGAAUUUCCAGAUAACAUUGGAAAAAUGAGAUUUUCAGAGAAGAACUUAAGUGACUGUUCAUCAGAGGAAGAUAACAUUUUUUCUGAUGGUCAAGCUGAGUGGCGAGGAAAUCGGAGCAUUAUGGCGAAUCUUUCUAUCCCUCAGCUUGAUGGGGCUGCAGAUGAGAAUACUGAUAACACUUUAAACGAAGAUGGUUCGAGAACUCAUUCUACAUUGGCAGUCCGAGACAAAGUUCUGACAAAGUCAACAUUUCACAAAGAGACUGUGAUGUUAGAACUGCCAUCAUCUCAUCAUGUUGGGCUACAGUACAAUCAUGCAGGUACCACACCUCAUGCACUUGAUGGUUUGAAUGCUACAGAAUUACCUUCUUAUCAAAAUUCGUUCAUUGCGACAAAGAAGCCUGAACAUGCUGUUUCUAACUUAUCAAAUGAAGCCAGUCAUGACUUAAAAUGCAGUGCACCUAGUGAAGACCUUGGCUGUCGCAAUGUAAAGUUUGUAGAUGCUGAAAUGAUUGGCAGAUCUCCAAGUGCAGUCUGUGAAAAUAAAUGUAUUACCAGUGACUAUGAAAAUCAGCUACCAGUGCAAACGGAUAGACUUCAAAGGGUAAAGCAUUAUAUCAGCAUUAACUGUGAAAAAAAGUUGUCGUUUACACAUCAGAGAAAUCUAACCAGCGAAGAUGAAUUUCAUAGUAAUUCAACUCUGGAUUGCUUGGUUGGGCGAAUAGCUAAUAAAGUGCCUCAUGCAUCUAAUAAAAAAGAAAACACCACAUGUGAUAAACCUUUGAUUCCUUUGAGAGGUGCAAAAAAUGGGGUUCAGCUUUUUGAAGGCCAUAAAAGUACAGCAAUAGAUGCUGAAUGCAACAUUGCAAAAAAUCAUACUGAGCUUAAAAUUAGAUACGAAGACUUCCAAGCAACCCAAAGAGAGAGAACCGUAAUUGAUCAGCAUGAGGCACAGUAUACAUUCUUCCCCAGUGUGGUACUUCCCAACUGUCUGAAAUGUCCAGAAAAGGUGUUCAACAGGCCCAUAAAACUUCAGAAACAAGAGGAUCGCAGGUUAAAGCUCAAGCUGAGUAAAAAGAAAUCGAAUGGUACCCAGCUGACAGAAAAUUCGACAGCUACAAAGGUAAUAAGUGCCCAAUCCACAGAACUAAGUUCUUGUAGCAGUAGAGUACUGCAAAAUGAAGUAUCUCUGGGUCACAAUUCAAUGAAAUCUUUAGGUAAUGGAUUUCCUUUAGACUCCCAAACCUUUAAUAAGGAUGGAUCUCCUGAAAAUAGUCUAGGACAGUCACUUCGAUUGGCGUGCAGUAAGUAUACACUCCGAACAAAGCGGAAAGUAAGCUAUGAAACCGAAGAUAGUGAGCAUGGUCAAUGCUCAGAGAUCUUCAAGGCCUGUCCAACUCGGUCACAGUGUUCAAAAGUCAAUGAUAACAGUACAGAUCGUCCUCAGCGAUCACGUAAAAGGAGAAGACUUAAUAAGAAAGAGCCCCCUGUGAUUAUAAAAUAUAUUAUUAUUAAUCGAUUCAAGGGUAGAAAAAAUAUGUUAGUUAAGAUAGGAAAAGUGGAUUCAAAUGAGGACCAUGUUCUUCUUGAUGAAGAUAAACUGCAAAAAUAUCACAAAAUUUCACCUUUAAAAGACUGGUGGCCCAAGGUCACUGAACCUCCUGUUGUUAUCAAACCUUUGUUAUCAAUACCUACACCAAAGAGAGGGAAGAAAACAAAAGUCCAGUCGAGCUUAAAGAAAAGAACUGGAAGAUUAAAAAAACUACAAAGAAAGGAAAACCUGAAUAUUGCUAGCCAAGCUCAAGUGAAAAGAAAUAUGUUUACUACAAAGAAGGUAGAAUUUUCACCACUUUCUCCUCCUUCACCGUGCUACAGUGCUGACGCUGAUGACUGUUCAACAGAAUAUAAAGAUGUUAUGUACAAACUUGGCUUUAUGUCAGACAGAAUGCCAAGUCCUUCUAAUCUAUCACCACCUCGUUGCUGGUCACCAAGUGAAAUGCAAGGGAAUGGAAUGCUGUCAAUUAUGGCAUUAGAUGAUGAUGUACUGAUAAGAGAGAGUGAUCCCUGUGCUUUAAAUAAUUCUGACUAUUUGUUGCAAGGCAGUAGAAAUCGUGGAGGAAAGCAAAGUUUGAAAUCCAGGAAAAAAUCUCCCUGUAAUGCAAGUGCUACAGCUAAAAGAAUGAGAGGACCCCAGAAAGGUAAGCAAGUGGCAGUUGAUGAAAAAGAUGAACAGAAGAUAAAGCAGCGCAAGAAAACCAGAAAAAGAUGGACUCGGAAACCAAAAAAUGUAGUUCCGUAUCUUGCCGUGAAGCAAGGAACUUUGCAAAGUUCAGAAUCAAACGAGCAAGAGGCAAGCUCUGAGUCUAUCAACACAGAACUGAAUUCGUCCUGUAAAGAGAAAUCCAUAGGUAGGUUUUGUGGAAAUUUUGAAAAUGUGCUUGCUGUAGAAUCGGAUCCCAUUCCCAAGACUGAUGAGCAACCCAACAUUCCUCUAAGCCUUUGUUCGACAGGGCAUCUUCCUUCAACGCAGCCUUAUUCUGAAGAAAUCCACGGAGAUUCUGGGGGCUACUAUUGUUCAUUGCUGGAAGUUGAUGACAGCACAAAUUUGCAAGAUUUCCCUUAUCCGCCUGGUGAACAAGUCUCGGAUACACUAUCUCAAUUGGCAACAUGUUCUCAGUCACAGUUGCAUUCCAGUCUCCCUUUCAGUCUCAGUAAAACAAGUCCUUCUUGUGUUCAGGCUGAUUCUAUUUACAUGUUGGAUAACAAGGCUCAAAUGACUGAGAGUUUUCAAUUAUCGAUGGACACAAGCCUUGAACCACAGACAGCACUGGCUGUUCCUCAGAAUCAGCGGUGUUUUGAUCAGCUACCGGCCUCUUCCACAGUUCAGCCUCAUCCACAGUCUUUACAGUACUCCCACUUGCCAGUUCACUCAACUGAAGACGUGUUUAGGAUACAGAAGAACAAUUCAUCACAGCCAAGAUCACAGAUUAUGAGCCAAACAAAGGUUGGUGGUGGUCAGCAUAUUUCUGAAGCUAGAGAUUUUCAAAAUGGAGAGGAGACACAAACACACAAAUCUCACCAGAAUUCCACAUUAUCUCAGUCAGAGCUUGAGGUUGAUGGCAAAGUAAAUCAUUCACCACAACCGUUCCAGCAAUCCAAAGUUCUUCAGCAAUCAAAAUCUGAGCUACUUGAUUCUGAGGUAAAUCAACAUUCAACAUUUUCUCAAGGAAACAAUGUUAUGGAUUUACCUCACAGGAUUUCUCCGCACGAAAAUGAAAAGGAUGGUCAUUGUCUUAAUUCUGUUCCGUGUAGCCAUACUAAGUUAGUGAAAAAAUUUGUGGAAGGGGAACAAGAAACUGCCAACAUUUUAGAUAUAUCUGAUUUCACCCCUCCCAGAAUAAAGCAGAGAUCAGUGUCUGAAACCUUCUUGGACACAAAUAUUGCACCGCACUCUCAGAAAUCUGAACACUGUCUGAGAAUGGAUGGCCAAGCUCCUUUUAGUGGUAGUCAGUCUAGUCUCACUGUUUUGAGAGAGUUACUGCAGAAGAGGCAACAAAAAACACAAGAAGGCAAUGUUCAAGCUCCUUCACCAAAAGCUCUACUUCACAGAAGUGUUUCUUGUCCAAAUGAGCAAAAUGAAUUCAGUAAAAAUUCUUCUAACACAGACUUUCCUGGCCUUCUACCUGUUGCUAAUUCAAAGUCCCAAAAGGAUGCUGCUUCUAAAAAAACAAAAAACUCAAGAAGUGCAAAUAUUGUACAGAAGAAAACCAAAACCUCAAAGAGAGUGCCGCCCAAGAAAUCUCCAACUUCUCAAUCCAAAUGUCCUUUUUCUGAUGAUAGUCCUGUUUUCCAUUCAGAUGCAGGGUUUGAUAGUUACAGUUUUGACAGCUUAUCACCAGAACUUCCUCAGUCUUACAAUUUUGAUAUCAAUACUGUUGGACAAACCAGAUAUUGCACUGUAUAUUCUGGGUGCCAAUUCAUGCCAGCUGCUGAGCAAAAUCUGCCUCAAAAAUUUUUGAGUGAUGUGCAGGAAUCUGUUCCAGCCCAGGCAGUAAUAGAAACUUGUGCAUACAAGACCCAAAGCAGUAAAGUGCAGCACUCUGACCAAAUACAUCAGCCAUCAAGCAAUGUUGAAUGGGCCAGGUCUGGCUCAAUCAGCCCUGAUCUGUUUGAAAAGUCCUUUUUAGACAGUGGAGAAAAGUUGAAACAAUUAAAUAAAAGCUUUGACAUGCCGAUUCAAAGUGUUCUGUCGAGCUCUUCUGAAUCGUCUAGCACCCAUUUGUCUGGAAUGUCUAUUGUUGAGAUGAAGGAUCAGACUUCUAAUCAUUGCCAUGAUUCUUUGGAGAAUGGAACUUCCUGUAGCCCAAUAAAGUCAUCCAGUAGUCAAUUAAUGCUGUUAGAUGAAGGAAGUGGAAGAGAAUGUGACAGAUCUGAUGUGUGUUUGUCUGCCCUUUCGACUGGUUCAAGUCCAAAUGGAACGAUAGGUUUUAUUGGUGAAGACAUGGCAGCAUUAAGCUGUGAAGAUCCAGAGAUUUGUGCUUCUAAAUAUAGUAAUGGUUCGCCAGCAACAUCUCAUAGUUCUCCGGCAUCUGUCAAUUCACCAUUACAAACCAAAAAUAGCUGUUACAUUAGCCGCACAUCAGGUGCUCACAUUCUAAAACCUUUAAUGUCACCACCAAGCCGAGAGGAAAUCGUGGCAACACUGUUUGAUCAUAAUCUGGCAGAAACUGUCUACCAAGAACCAUUCUGCAGCGAUCCUUCAGAUGCUCCAGAAAAACCCAGGUAUCGUGUGGAGUCGAUGAUGCUGCGUUUUGCCAAGCCAAUGAACUACAUAGCUGUAACUCCCAGUAUCCAACAGCGAUCUCAUAUGAGAGCUCCUCAGUGCAUUCCUCUUGUGAUGGAGCCCGAAUCUCGCUUCUAUAGCAACUCGGUCCUGGUUCUGGAUUUUCAGUCCCUGUACCCUUCUAUUAUUAUAGCUUACAACUAUUGCUACUCUACAUGCCUGGGUAAUAUUGACUACCUUGGAAAAGACGAAGAAUUUAAAUUUGGCUGCAUUUCGCAGAAAGUGCCUCCAGAGUUACUUCACCGGCUUUGGAAUGACAUCACUAUAUCACCAAAUGGAGUGGCCUUUGUUAAGCCAUCUGUGCGGAAAGGUGUGUUACCAAGCAUGCUUGAAGAGAUACUGAAAACCAGAAUCAUGGUGAAAGAUGUGAUGAAAGCCCACAAGAAGGACAAAGCCCUUACAAAACUGCUUCAUGCUCGACAGCUGGGUCUAAAGCUCAUCGCCAACUUCACUUAUGGUUACACUGCUGCUAACUUUUCUGGAAGAAUGCCAUGUGUUGAGAUUGGUGAUAGCAUUGUUCUGAAAGCAAGAGAGACCCUUGAGCGUGCAAUAAAAUUGGUCAAUGAGACAAAGAAGUGGGGAGCUCAUGUUGUGUACGGAGACACUGACAGUAUGUUUGUGCUGUUGAAAGGAGCCACCAAGGAGCAGGCCUUCAAGAUUGGUCAGGAGAUUGCUGAUGCUGUGACUGCCACAAAUCCAAAGCCUGUGAAAUUGAAAUUUGAGAAGGUUUACUUACCGUGUGUUUUGCAAUCAAAGAAGAGAUAUGUUGGUUAUAUGUAUGAGAGUUUAGAUCAGAAAGAUCCAGUUUUUGAUGCCAAGGGUAUUGAAACUGUGCGGCGAGACUCCUGCCCUGCUGUCUCCAAGAUUCUAGAACGCUCAAUAAAGCUGUUGUUUGAAACAAGAGAUAUCAGUCAAAUCAAGAGGUAUGUCCAGAAGCAAUGCGCAAAGGUACUGGACGGGAAAGCCAGCUUGCAGGACCUGACUUUUGCCAAAGAGUACCGGGGGAGUGACUCAUAUCAUCCAGGGGCAUGUGUCCCAGCCCUUGAGCUAACCAGGAGGAUGCUGUCUUAUGAUCGGCGCUCUGAACCUAGGGUAGGUGAGAGAGUCCCUUACGUCAUUGUGUACGGAGUGCCCGGGGUACCGCUCAUUCAGCUCGUUAGACGACCGAUUGAGGUGCUGCAGGACCUCAGCUUGAGACUGAAUGCUACUUACUACAUCUGCAAACAGAUACUGCCACCCCUCAACAGGGUCUUUUCUCUGAUUGGUAUUGAUGUUUUCAGCUGGUACCAUGAGUUACCUAGGGUCCAAAAGGCGUUUUCAACAGCUCGCAAUGAACAGGAUGGUCGUAAAGGAACGAUCUCCCAGUAUUUCACCACCCUGCACUGUCCAGUCUGUGAUGAGCUGACUCAGCUGGGCAUCUGUAGCAAGUGCCGAAGCAACCCUCAGCAAGUAGCUGUGAUCCUUCAUCAGGAGAUUCAAGAAUGGGAGUGGAAACAAUCUCAGCUGCUGAAGAUUUGCAGGAAUUGCACAGGCUGUGUGGAUAGACAAGUUCAGUGUGUCUCAUUGGACUGCCCGGUCCUGUAUAAGCUGUUCAGCAUCAACAGUGACCUUACAAAGGCCCCAUACCUUCGACAAUUGUUGGAUCAAUUUUAACAACUCUAAUACACUCAAAGCAUUGGCUGGUGCUCACUUCAGUUUUUGCUCAUCUGCAUUUUUGUGUGCCAUGGUGAGCUUCUCAUGAUGGCAAAAGCUGAGCUUUUAUAGCCAACGAGAUUGAAAUGUUUGCAUAUCUCCUUUUUGAGUGUGAAUAUCAUGAUAUUUGUUGCAGUGCAAAAAAAAAGUGUAUUAGUUAACUGUUUCACUUGUUGGAAAAUCAUUUUUAAAAUACAUUUGUGAACCUGUGUCAUUUCCAUAGUGAUGGAUGAUUGAACAGCCCUGUAAAUAAGUGUACAGUCCUAUUUCGUAUGCAAUUAUGGUAAAUGGAGUUCUGAUCUAUGGGCACUGAAAUGUGGGUAAUUUACAACUAUGGUGCAAAUUUCAAGCUGCAUAUGUUUACAGAUGAUUUUCUACAAUAUAUUCAAGUUUUAUGUGUUGUAUGUUUUAACAACUUUUCUCAAUUAUAUAUAUUUUUUAUUUA